AUGAGGAAAAUUGAAGAGCAGAGCCGGUACCAGGGUGUUAUCAAAGAUGAUUUUGGCAGAACCAGAAAGAGAGUGCUGCCCAGCCAGCUCCUUGGGGCUCCAGAGCGGGCCGGGGCUGGGUGGGGGCGGCCCCUUCUACUCCUCCUGGCUGGGGCCUGCAGCCUCGCCCUGCUCGGCUACAGCGUCUACUUCGACCGGCAGCGGAGAAACGCCCCCGACUUCCAGCGGAAGCUGCGGCAGAAAAGAAGAAAAGAACGUGAAAAAGCUAAAGCGCAUGAUGUUGAGUUAUGCGAGAUGAAAAAUAUUGGAAGGGUACGUGAAUUCUUUCUGCAAGAGGUGCAACUGGGAGAACACUGGUUAUCUAGAGGAGAACAUAAGAAGAGUGUGGAGCACCUCACUAAUGCUAUUUCAGUGUGUGCACAGCCACAUCAGCUACUGCAGAUUUUGCACAAUACACUACCACCACAAGUCUUUGAGAUGCUUAUGCAGAGAGUACCAUAUGAAAAACAACAACUUCAAGCAGUACUGAAUGAGCACGACUGUGUGGAAGAUGAGACGGAAUGA